AUGAGAAACACGUCUGUUGUUUUUCUAUUUUCACUGACAGGCUUCAGUGCAACCACCAGCUAUAGAGCUACGUUGUUCUGUCUCUCUCUGCUAUGUUACUGUCUGAUUUUACUGGUAAAUGUUGCUCUUAUCUUUACCAUCGUGUUCCAUCAGAAGCUGCAUGAACCCAUGUAUAUUAUUUUGUGUAAUCUGUGUAUUAAUGCGCUGUAUGGGACUGCAGGCUUUUACCCCAAAUUUAUCUAUGAUCUGUUAUCUGACAGUCGUGUCAUACCCUAUGCAGGGUGCCUUUUACAAAUCUAUGUUAUUUAUUCUUAUGCAAUGGUUGACUACUCUGUUUUAGUGCUAAUGGCUUAUGACCGAUAUGUGGCUAUCUGCAGACCACUGGCCUACCACUCUGUCAUGACGGUGAAAAGGACUUUGGCUUUAGCUUGUGUUUGCUGGCUGGUUCCUCUGUGGUGUGAGCUGCUGGUUAUCAGCCUUACAUCAACUCUUAGGUUAUGUGGUUCCCAUAUAGACAAGCUUUACUGUGAAAACUGGUCCAUUGUUAAACUUUCUUGUGGUUCAACAAAAGUAAAUGAUAUAGCUGGACUCAUUGUUAUUGCCUUUUAUAUUGCUCAGUUUCUCUACAUCGUCUGUUCUUACGUCCAGCUCAUAAAGUCGGCUCUGAGGUCCAGGGAGGGCAGAGGGAAGUUUAUCCAGACGUGCGUUCCGCAUCUCAUUUGUCUGUUUAACGUCUCAACGGCUUUGCUGUUCGAUAUCAUGUACUCGAGGUAUGGAUCUCCAUCUGUGCCGCAGAGUUUAAGGAACUUCAUGGCCGUGCAGUUUCUCAUAUUUCCACCAAUUCUUAAUCCCGUCAUUUAUGGACUGAUCCUCACAAAAAUUAGGAGGACAAUGAUGCAUUUGUGUGUGGUCGCAUUUCAAGGGUUUAAACUUGAAAGUCAAGUUUGACAUCUGCUUUUU